GGCGCGCGCGCCGCUCGGCGCCAGUCCAUCCGCGCUCCUCGCGAAGACAUGACGUUUCUGUGGCUCGUUCUUGCACUGCUCCCCCUACUCGGCGGAGCAGAGCGCUUCAGCUGCCGGGGCCGCAUCCUGGGCGCGUACUACGCGGACGCCAAGUCCGGCUGCAAGGCCUUCCACGUGUGCGUGCGCGUCGCCGGCGGCGGCAUCCGGGACUUCAGGUUCUUCUGCCCCCCUGGUACUCUGUUCCACCAGGAGGCUCAGACCUGCACGGACUGGGGUGAUGAUGACGAGUUGGCCUGCCCCGCGGAUCUCUACGACGGUCAGUUCGAUCUAUUCAAGAUCGGAAGUGGAUUUGAUACAAGGAAGAUAAUAAACUCGUCCAACGGGAACCAGGAUGAGGAGCAGGAGUACGGCCUGCAGCGCGCGGAGACGGGCGACCGGCGCCUGAACAACGGCCCAGCAGCCAGCAGCGGCGCGUCCGACCUGAGGGCGUCCCACUCCUCCGACUUCUUCAGCGGGCAGCGCGAGCGAGGCCGCGAUGACACCCCCGCCCCCUCCCCCUCCUCCUCCCGCCAGUCCUUCCGCCGCCCCACUACUAGAAGCCCCCCAGCCACCACCCCGCACACCACCACCCCGCCCCCACCUCCGCCAGCACAAACCAACCAGCAGUACGAGACCUCCAAGCGCAAACUAGUCCGCAAACGACCCUACACUCCUACUACCUUCGCCCCCUCGUCCUUCGCCCCGACCGCGCCGCCCGCCCCGCCCAGCUCCCCGCAGCCACGAUACUUCCAGGAGCCUCAAAAACAAAACUACUCUCCUCGUCCGACAUUUGAAGAUAAAAUCAAAGUGCUCCCUCCCACCAACAUCCCGCCUCAGUUCAAGGAGUUCAAAGAUGAGUACGUAGAAGUGCCCCGCGUGACGCCGAAACAGAGCCAGAACAGAUACUUCCUCGCCGCCUCCACCGCCUCCCCCACCCCCUUCACCCAGUCAACUCCUGCUCCUCGUCCUACGAAGAAAGAGGGACUAGUCGAGUUGUACAACUACGAGGCGCAGUCCACGCCGGGAUACAACGCACAGGGAGAAAAGAAACGCCCCUUCUCUGGGAAAGUUCGUAACAACUUCAAUGUAUCCCCCGAAGGACUGCAAGGAGAAGACUUUGCGCGGACCAACAUAAACGUCAUCCCUAAUGGCGUCAGAAGUAACCCGAGUAACCCAAGCACGCCCGAUUACAACGGAUCAUCCAGAAGUUCUGGCACCACCGCAGCAUACAGGAACUUCAACAGUGUCUCAUACGAACAACAAGAGAAGGAAAACUACCCUCAGUUCUCUGGGGCUAAGCAGAAUUAUUACAGCCCCACCACUCCUCAGCCGACGACGACUUACGCCACCAGACGGCCGGAGCCUCCUCAGAAUCUAAACACUGUCGCUUACAAUACCAACAUUGGCUUCAACGCUCAGGCGAAUAACUUUGCCGAGAGUGAUGAGGACGACGGUCAAUACCGCCCGCCUCCCGGCGAGGAUGAUGGCCAGUACCGCCCCGAGCUGUACGAGCGAGAACUGCUUUCUGGAGCACACUCCCUGAACAUCGCUGCUAGUGGAAACCGCCUGCCUGAAGACCAGAAGCCGAGAAACAAAGGUCAGAGCCAGAAGCAAAAACAAAAAUCUCAACAGCAACAGCAGCAGCAACAACAACAGCAACAACAACAACAGCAACAACAACAGCAACAACAGCAGCAACAGCAGCAAAUACCAGCUCAACAGCAUGCACCUCAGCGACAGCCGCAGCCCCAGCAGCCACGACCACAACAGCAGCAACCCUCACAACAGCAGUACUCCCCGCCGCAGCGGCAGCAGAAGCAGCAGCCUCAGGAGCCCCAGCAGCGACCUCAACAGCCGCCCCAGCCUCCACAACUCCAGCCGGAGCAGUUCAACCCAUCAGGCUCGAACUCAAUAGCCCCCAGACCGUUCCGCCCCGCGCCGACACCCACCGCCGUUCCACAGACGACGCGCGCGCCCGAGCCGGCCUACACCGCCACCGCGCGGCAGCCGAGCUCGCAGCGGACCUUCGACCAGCACCAGACCUACACCACCACCGCGCGGCCCACCGACGCCGCGCCGCUGCUCGUCACACUCAACUACAACCCGCCGGCGCGCCCGACCACCACCGCCCCGGCCCGCACCCCCGCCGCGCCCCCCGCGCCCUCCUCCACCCGCGCCCCCGCGCCCUCCUCCACCCGCACCCCGCACUUCGCCCAGCCCGCCAACAGUAAAGAAGACAACAGCUACGACUACGCGUACUACGACUCCGACCCCGGCUUCUCCGAGUACGACAACAUCGAGGAGUUCGGCAGAACCAAGUCGAAAGCAUGAGCCUAGCAACUGCCAUCAAGUCACCUCUUUGGAUCCGUAGUUAAUGUCAGAGUACAAUAACCUAUUUAUUGGAAUCACAAAUAAAUUUAACUUGUAAUAGGAUAUUAGAGAAUAAAUGUGUGCAAUGCUCAAUGUUUCUAAGGUAUGCAUGAUGUUGAAACCGUUGCGAUGUUCCGAGGAGCCAUACCUUCAAUGUUGUAAUCUAAAGAGGCGUAUCUGUAGUUACCCUAAAUUAUUUGUGAUAUUAUGUAUGCUGUAUUGGAUUAAGUCGUUGCGUAGUCGUCAAUCCGUGGCGGGGGAGCCGAUUCGAUUAUUACCGAUAAAGAGAAAUUGUUGUUGUGAGUCGACUCGAGUCUAAAUGCUUGCCAAUACUGAAUCUGUCAGCGAGUCGCGAAUUAAUCGAAGUAUUUCCUAUGUAAGUACAAUAGUGAGUAAGUUAUGACGAUAGAGUGUAUUAUAAAAUAUUUCAUUGUAAAUAAAGUUUUCGUAAAAAAAUACAAUGGGUUUGUGUAAGUAAUUUGUGUAUUUUCCCGCGUGUCGUGGGAGCGAGUGAACAAACAGGGUUGGCCAAGCGAGCGCGCGCGCGGCCGCUAAUCGGACGAUCGGCCUCAAGGCUGCUGCUGCUAAUAUCUGCGAGACUAAUUCCCCUUUUCAU